AUGGAGAAGUCGCUUUCGAUAUUUUCGCCAGCCAGUCGUACUGCGAUGAACAGUGCGUGGGCAAAAUCUGGAGUCAAACCGGAAGAGGUUUACCGAAUCUUACGAAUUGGACAGCCAGGAGAGGAGGCUAUGGCUACAAGCACCUCGUUCCGUCAGUGGCUGUGGUACAUUGAGAAGUACAGGGUCAAAAUGGGGGACGAUGCAAUCACCGAUCUUCAAAUUGGCACCAUGUUGAACAAGAAAGUUCCCUACCUGGAUCAAGUGACCCUCUUCCAGUCGGUCAAAGAGCAAUUGCUCAAGCAAGACUCAAAUUUGAUUGUGACGAUGCUUGCGGAGAACCUCCAGUGCAACGCGUUCCAGCGACUGAUCGACAUGAACGCCACGCCGGCACGCUUCGAGAUGAUGAUCGACACUCCCCUAUCGCUGCUCAAAAAGGAAGACAUCAGAUACCGGGCGGUGGAGACUUUUACCUUGUACUUUGCGGCGGCUAAGGGUGGAGAUGCGGCGCUGAAACAGGUCAAAAUGCUGUUGAAAAACAACGAUCUAAAGGCUGCGGUUGAUGCCGCUGCAGGAUUUACCAAUUGGUUUUUGAAUUUUAGUGAGAAAAUGUGGAGGGCAACACCAACUGAAACGUAG